CACAAAUAUUUAAGUAGUGAACAUGAUGAAAUUGGGGAAGAUAAUUUUCUUGUUGGUUUUCUUCACGUGUGGUUCGAAAAAUGGCGCUCAGGGAUAUUUGAUUGCAAUAAAAAACGGCCAAUAUGUAGAAGUUUGUCUUACUGAUGAAAUUAACGGUAAAGGCUCUGAUAAAGAUCUUUUGGAUUCCAAUGGAUAUCCCCUUAUACUAGCAGGGCACGAUUGUAAUCUGGUUGUCGAAAACGGCUGCGAAUCUUGGAAUAUCGAAGGGACGUACUUGACCCCAAAUAUACAGAAUGGAUAUGAUUUAUACCCACCAGUUGAUGAUUUCCGCCUAAUCGAUAUUCCUAUCAUUACUAACAAUAAAGAUGAACUCAUAAGGGCCGCCUCAUUUAAAAGUUCAGAGGACGCACGACUUCGUUUUUCCGUUUUGGCAUCGUCUAGUGCCCAAUUUCUAAUGUCGAACAGCGAAAAACACGAAGAGGGAUACAUCAUCGUGUUGGAUGGAUGGGGCGACCGACACAGAUCGUCAAUUCGAUAUUGCAAACCGUUUCCAGUCACCGGAAGUGGACAAUGUGAAGAAUUAACAAACAUUGACAAUAUGCCUUUAUUGAAAAAUGGAAAUGUGUGGAUUCCUGUCACAUUGGAAUAUCGGAAGACACAACAAAUGGUCUCGGUGAACGUAGGCAACCUGACAAGUUUUUUCCAAGCAAAAAUAACGCAAAAAGACUAUCUAAAUGUCGAAGCUAAGAACUACGAAUAUGCCGUGACUUUGAACUUAGCAGCUGGGAUUUUUCAAGGAAAUGGAAAACUUAAGUUUCACCAAUAUAAAGUUCUAAUGCCGAGUAAAAAGUUUUCAAAAAUUAGAACAUCAGUAAAAAAUAUCAGAGGCACUUUGCCCAUUUGCGUGGACGUUAUUUUCUGGUUGUCCAGUGAUGAAAAAUUCAUACGCAACAAAGAAGUGUUUUCAAUGACAGUAUCGCGCCAAAACUCUCCAAUAUUUAUAGGAAACGGAAAGUUCAACGGCAAAAAGAAUGAAUGGAAAAAAGUAAGAUUCACAUCUGAAAAUCGUAUUCAGAGUGGGGACGUCAUUGAAUUAACAUUUCUCGACACUAAACUGACGAUUGGCGGGAUCAGAUUUUGUGCGAAAGAUACAAAGGGUGAUCUUAAUAUCAAGCCUAAGCAUGAUAUUCAGUCCUGUGACAUUUUCUCUCCCAUGGGAACCUCCAAAAGCAGGGAAGGAAGUCACAAAAAACUGGUGGAAGUAACAUCGAAUAAUAAGAUUUGCCAAUAUAUUGGUUUUGCAUCUUGCGUUGGUCUCAAGGCGUGCGACGGCAACGAAGAAUGCGCAUGUUUCCCCUCAUUCAGCGGUCAUUUUUGUAAAAAUGGUUGUGCAGCCAAAAAGUACGGUUGGAAUUGUUCAUUUAAAUCAAAUAAGUCCUGCGAGGGAGAUGAAAUCAAUUAUAAUGGAUCGUGCAGCAGAGGUUGUUUGCCUGGGUACAGAAGGCUGCAUUGCCUUGACAGAAUUCGUCAAAUAAAUCCAGAGCUAUCUGCCAUUGAUAUUGGACCUACUAAAAUUAGUCUUGAUAUGUGGAAACUUACAAAAAAUGACUCUUCCUUCAGCAGAAUUGCAAUACAAAUUAAGAGAAACAAAUCGGAAUCUUGGCACACUUCUGUUGACUACAAAAAUCCCUUGGUUCAGUUAGUCUAUAUUGAUGGCUUGGAGAAAAAUACCGUAUACAAUUUAAGACUUGUGCUCUACGAAAUGGAUGAACAGUUUAAUGACAAAAAUUUGAAAGACAUUCAGUUUACCACCAAGCUCUGCCAGCCAAUUGAUAACAGAAGCGUGGAAAUUAAAGUUGCCGAACCGUUCACUGUCCACGUUAGAUUCAAAGCUGAUAAUCAGACUUUGGCUGAUCCGUGUAAAUUGACUCACCUGAAGAUCACCAGAAAUAAUUCAGAAGUAGCGUGGACAGAAAUUAUCACUAACUAUGAGCUUAAAAGAGAUAUUAAGAAUUUAACAGCAAAUGCUGAAUACCAAAUAUCAAUUUUUGCAGAAGAUUCAAGCGUAAUAAAUUAUACUUAUAUCCCAAAUACAGCUCUUGACUUGCGGUUAUCAAAAGCCAGUGAAAUCUGGUGGCCAAUCACAAUCGGAGUUUUAGUAUUAACGGGAACUUUACUUGCUCUCUGUGCAGUGAGGAAUAAAAUGAAAAGAUCGAAUGUCAUUCCAAGCGUUUCUUCAACUCACGAAUCACAAACCAAUCCCGAUUUAAUUGAAAACUGCCCUCAAGAGGGGCCAAAAUGUAAUGAAACGACACCAUUCAAUUCCUCCGCGAUAAAAAUUACAGAGUUUGAGCAGUAUUUGGAGUCCACUAUUGAUUCUGGAACUCUGAAGCAACAAUUUGAGCAUCAUCCUCGAGGUCAAACGCAGUCCUGGGUUGUUGGUACAAAACCGGCUAAUAAGAAAAAGAACCGAUACGCAAAUUUGGCCGCAUACGACUCCACCAGAAUCAUUCUUAAACACGAUCCUCAUGACGAAAAUGCAGAUUAUAUAAAUGCUAAUUACGUUGAUGGUUUUCAGCGACCCAAUGCUUACAUAGCUACGCAGGGGCCAAAAACUCAAACUGUUAAUGACUUUUGGUGCAUGAUUUGGCAAGAAAAAGUUACUCAGAUCGUAAUGGUGACGAAUAUUGAGGAGAGCGGAAAAAUAAAGUGCGAGAAAUACUGGCCAGACCCCGGAAAAAGCAAAAAAUUCGCCGGAUUUAGCGUUAACAAUCUGGAGGAAAAAAUUCACGCGCACUUUGUGGUUCGAACGCUUUCUGUUUCUUACAGCGAUAAAAACAAACUGGUGCAACAAUUGCAUUUCACAACCUGGCCUGAUCACGACGUGCCUCUCUAUCCGCAAACCAUGGCAAUUUUUGUUGAGAAAAUGAUACAACACCAAUCGCAAGGUCCGAUCGCAGUUCACUGCAGUGCCGGUGUUGGUCGAACGGGCACAGUGAUUUUGAUCCAUGCUUCUCUUCUAAUGGCUCGCAAACAUGGUUUCGUUGACGUCUUCAAAAUUUUUGGCCAAAUGCGCUCACAGCGUGCUAAUUUAGUUGAUAAUUUGAAGCAAUAUGAAUUUGCGCAUUUGGUUCUUUUGGAAGCGAUCGCUUUUCCUAAGUUGGAUUUUCCAUGCUCCGAAUUUGAAGCUGAAUUCGCCGUUCUCAUGAAAUCCAACAAACAGAAGCUCACUGAAAGUUUUACAAAACUGAACGAAAUUUGUAACAAUGAUUGGAAACGAGCGGAGAAACAGGUCGCCGCAGUUGAAAUGGAAAAAUGUCGUCAACCACAAAUAUUAGGCUCUCCAUCAAGGUAUGUGCGUCUCUUUCCCUACGGAAGCGUUACCAAAAUGAGUUUUGUGAAUGCCGUGUUUGUGGACGGCUAUCAGAAAGAAAAGCAGUUCAUUGCCACGCAGGUGCCCAUGCAGGACACGGUGGCGGAUUUUUGGCGCAUGGUGCAUCAAUUCAACGUUCAGCAGAUAGUCGUGCUCAACGAGUCACACGCCACGGACGGAUCAUACAUACCAACAGAACAAACAAGUUUAACUUUUGAUGAGCUGAAAAUAAUAUCAGUAGCGGCAGAAGAAAGAAAUAAUGGAUGCCUGCAGUCUAUUAAAAUUCAUGCGGGUCAACAGGAGGAAAAAAUGGUAUACAUGCAUUUUUGCAAAGAUUGGAAUGUAGGCGCUUUGAAAUGCCCAAGUACGGAGACACUUGUUGAGUUGUGGGAAGAAAUGAGCAGAGCCACCACAAGCAUGACGCUCAUCAUGUGCCAUGAUGGCGCGACUGCGUGCGGAAUCUAUCUUGGCAUUGGAUUUUUGCUGGAGAAGAUGAAACUGGAGCACCAAGUAGAUGCUGCACUUGCUCUACGUACGCUGCGAAAAUCAAGACCCGCGUUUAUAUCAAAUAUUGUUCAGUAUGAGAUGCUUUUUGAAGCUGCGCGAGCCUACCUUCAAACAUUUGACACAUACGGGAAUUUUAACUAGUAAUUAAGACUCUGAAUUAUACACUUUCGAGCUUUGCUAUCAUAGUGUUCUAGUAAUAAUGUUCAAUUUGAGUGCAAAUGCAGAUUCACAUUAUUUGGUAAAGGAAAGAUAAUUUUAAAAACAAAAUAAUAAUAACGCUUAAAAUUAUCACUCUUGUUAUAGCUUAAAGAAUUGUAUAUAGCAUUAUUAAAUACCACUAUACUAAGCGAAAUAAUAUUUUUAUAACUUGUGAAUCUUGAUUUUAAUUAACCUUUUAAUUGUAAGAUGUAAGUUGAAAGUUCUACACAAUUGAGUUUUCAAUAUUGCAUAUUUUUCUGAAUUUAAAUUUUGAUGUUUUUACUAUACAAAUAGGUAAAAUUUCAAAAUUUUAGACGAACUUUAUAAACAUUCAAAUAUUAAUUGUUUUAUUCCCCAAUUCGAUUUCAGACGAAAUCAAAGCAAGGGAAAAUGUCUCCGUUAUGUUUUAGCUUUGUAAUCAGGAAUAAAAAACAAUAAAGUAAAA